AUGGCACUAAACGUUUUGAUUGUCGGAGCAGGAAUCGGCGGGCUGAUGGCCGCGAUCGCCCUACGAGAGCAAGGACACGAUGUGACACUUCUUGAGUCUUCUCGAUUCAGCAACGAGACUGGAGCAGCUAUUCACAUGGCACCAAACGCAAACGGCUUACUCAAGCGUUACGGAGUCGACAUUGAGAAAGUAGGCGCAAACGAGUGUAGCCGAAUUGCACAGUACCAUGCCGAGUCAGGAAAGGCACUUUUCCAGGUCGACCUCACGAUGCCAAACAAGCAGUGGCAGCACAAGUGGCUGUUAGUACACCGCGCUCACCUACACAACGCCUUGAGAGAAAGGGCCAUUGGCAAGGAAGGGAAGGGCAAGCCCGCCACCCUGAGGUUAGCCAGCAAGGUUGCUUCGGUAGAUCCUGAGAAGGCGGAAGUGACUCUGGAGAGCGGCGAGAAGGUAUCUGGCGAUGUGCUUCUUGGGGCCGACGGUGUUCACUCGUUGUGUCGACAGGCUCUUGUGCUGGACAACGCAGAGAAGUACACACCGUUUGACUGCGGUCACAGUGCUUAUCGAUUCCUGGUUCCGAAAGAGGAGGUCAUGGCUGAUCCAGUCUGCCGAGAAUUUGUCGAGCAAGAGGGUAUGCUUUGCAUGAUUGUUGGCGAAGACCGCAGAGUUGUUGUGUAUCCUUGCGUGGAGAACAAGCUCAUGAACUUCCUUAUGAUCCACCCAAGUAGCGAGUCUCGUUCAGACGACGCUGGCUGGAACCAAAAAGGUGACAAGAAGCGUAUGCUCGAAAGUGGCGCUAGCUUGGCUCCACAGGUUCGUGCUCUUCUAGAGAAGGCCCCUGAGGAGAGUUUGAAAGUCUGGACUUUGCUGGACAUGGAGGUACUCCCUACAUGGAUUAAUGGCAGUAUGGCGCUCCUGGGUGAUGCCGCCCAUCCAUUCCUGCCUCACCAAGCUCAGGGUGGUGGUCAAGCUAUGGAGGACGCAGUCUCGCUAGCCGCCAUCUUGCCCUUUGGCACCCCGAAGGAAGAUAUCCCGGAGAGACUGAGACUGUAUGAACAGUGUAGACGUGAGCGUGCAAACAAGAUCCAGGACGGCACUAGACUGAGUGGAACAUCUCAGAAGGAUCUUGCAAAGAUGGGCAAGAAAUAUGAUGCUUUCGCCUUCACCAAUUACAACUUUGGACACGAUGAAUGGGACUUCUCAAAGAAUGCUUUAAACAAGCAUCUCUUGUCCAAGCAACCAUAUCGAUUCCGUCAGCCAGUGUCCUUUGGACCUAGUCCUGGGCCUCGCCAGCCACUCAACGCUCUUCCGGAUGUGCACUCAAUGGCCAAGCAGAACCAAACGGUGGCCUCUAUUCGCUUCAAGACCUCGAGGACCUAUCUUCAGAACUUGUUUCCCAGUUCCUCAUUCUCUUUCAUGUCUGCGGCAACAGUCGUAGAAGCCUCCAUCGUCUGUUGCUCGCUGCGCAACAUGACAUGGCUGGGUAAUACAGGAUACGAUCACUGUGGCCUCUACAUCCACGGAGUAAAAUACACCAAGAAAGAUGGCGAGAUCCUUCAGGGGACGUUCUUGCCUAUCCUCUUCGAAAACCUGACCGAUCCCAUCAUCACUGGUCGCGAAGAGAUCGCCGCACCAAAAUGGGGCUGCGAUAUCGAUGUUUCGACUUCCGGAGACUCUCGCAGUGUGCGUAUGAGCUGGCGCGGGACAACUUUUGCAGAGCUCGAGUGGAGUGGUCUUCAAGCAAAGCCCCAGAUAAAUGGUGUCAAUGGCACCAACGGCAUCGAGGACAACGGCAUGUUCAUGUACCGUUACGUACCAGCCGUGGGUGAGCCAGGAAAGGCAGACGCUGAGUAUGCUGUCUUUGACGAGUACGAGAAGAAGGAUCCCUCUUCGGCAGCAUCCCAGCAGGAUACGCAAGACCAGACAACCAAGUCAGCAACUAUCAAGUUCUCGCCUGGUGACUGGAAUUCACUCCCGACUAUCCAUCACAUCGCACAAGGCCUGGCAGAUGUACCGAUAUACGAAAUCGUAGAGGCUGCCGUCAAGGAAGUGCCAUCGGUGGGUGAUGUCAGAGGAGCAAGAAGGAUUGAGUAG